GUUACAUACUGUUACACUUACUGUAAACCUCAUGCCAUGGCCAGUUGUUCUGGCUGCUUCGCUUGCUUCAAGUUCCCGCGGCAGCGCGUGGAAGCGAAAAAGACCACUGUCCCAGCGCCGAAGACACAAAAACUUCCAUUGCCGUUGAACGUGGGAUUUGCAACAUUGAAGUUGAACCAAUUGGAGUCCGAUGAUGAGACUCUAGGUCCAAGACUAGAGUUGCGAAUCAGUGCGACCGACGAUGGCUAUGUGACAGAAGAGGGGCUCAGUGCUAUGUUGGAGUUCAUGGACUUCGUUUUGGAUUUGCCACAAGUCUCUUGCGGUGAAGGUUUUCAGCUGACUUUUGAUCAAAUGUUAGGCACCUCAUAUUUAGAAGUGAUUAAACGAGUCAUUUGCUGGAGCUGCGAACAUGGACGAACUUCAAAAUGGGUUCAUCGUUGUAAACUCUGGAAGAUCAUUGUGGCUGCAUCAGCAUAUCCACAGGUCUCAGGCUUUUUGCUGCAAGGUGCCUUUAAAUUCUAUCCUCCGCCAUGUACCACGUAUUUGCUCACCGACGACGACCAGAACCCGAACGUGAAAAUUUUUGAGCCAGAGCGCGAGACACUGAAGUUGGCAAGGCUUGAAGAAGAUCUUCAAGAUGAGGUAGCUGCACACACAGACAGUGAAGGUCACGUACAUUUGCAGCACGAUUCAGCAGAGAGUCUCCGGAAAGCUCGAAAUUGGGGCGAUUCGCUUCCAAGCGAGAUCAAUGUUGGCUUCGCAUUGGUGAGUCAGGGCUUCGAUGGAGUCGAGGGCUACUUGAAAAUCAAGGGUUUGGAUGGAGACUUGAGUAUGGAAGGUCUCAACGAGAUGAUGGACUUCAUGGAUGCCUUCACCUUGUCAGACAAAGCGCAACAAGGCUUUUCAAUAAUGUACGAUGUGAGAUCAAUGCGAUCACCGUCGAUGCAAAUGGUGACGACGGUAGCUGAAUGGGGUGCUGCACCUGUUCGGCAAAAGAGAUGGGAGAGAUUGAACCAUUCCUGCAAAAUCAUCAUCACUGCCGGUUUGAGAUUUACUUUGGCCAAAGGAGUUUUAACAACAUUUUUCCUGAUGUGCCCUCCUGUAACCAGAACUUACUUGAUGUGGGAUCCUGACCAAGCCUUGGACACUGCUGCAUUAUUUGAACCCUAGAGAAAAAA